AUGAAGAAGAUGUCCCGCAAGAACUUCCGUGGCGCGCCCUUGUUCUCGAGCAAGUCGAGCAGCUCCACGGCGUCGCACGGCAGCAGCUCGACGUCCCCUGGGACCGGACCAGGCGCAGUGCGUCGCGCGACGUGGGCGGACAAGAUCCGGGACAAGCUCCCGCCGCUGGGCGAGAACGAGUACGAGGUGCUCUGGGAGCGGGGCGUGCUGGGCGUGAUCUUUCUCGAGUCGGAGAAAGACGGCAUCCCGUACGUGUCCAAGGCUACCGAGUCGUGCAUCUCGCCCAUUGUGAGUCCCGGCGACAUUCUCAAGUUUGUCAACGUCGUGCGGUCGAAAGACCACUCGUUUUCCGACUUUUUCAAGAUCCUCGCCACGAUGAAGAAGCCCGUGCUGCUGCGCUUUGAGCGCCCGUCGGCCAGCACGCCGUCGUCCGAUGAAGACGACAGCUCGCAGCUCUUUGGCGCGCCACGCGGCAGUUCGGCAAACAAUGCAGCGAACGGCCAUCGCCAUGACAUGGCGCGGCCAGAUGGGCUGCAUAAUGACGAAGGGGCGCCAACGGGCGUGCCGCAGAAACCCCAUCUGGUGCCGCAGAAGGAUCAGAAACCGCCCAAGGCCUCGCGAGGCGCGUUUUGGCGCAGUGCUGGAGCCAAAGACUCUGUGGAUCGUGAGCAUGCAGCGCAAGCCGUUGGGCCGCAUAUGACGAGCGGUGAAAAGGAUCGCACAGCUGCUUCGCACGGACAGCCACGGGCGUCGGGCAAUAGGGACCAUCAGGUCUCGCCGCGGGAUGCCGCACUGGCAAACGGAUCGGUAGCUUUGUCUUCGCAUUCGCCUCUGGGGCCACAUGAGUAUCAGGUGUACUGGGAAACGGGGUUACUGGGUCUGUUUUUUGGGGAGAACCGAUCGACGAAUUUGCCCAUUGUAACACGAUCGACUUCGAGUGCGAAUUUGGUCGUGCGACGUGCCGUUGCGGUCCACGAUACGUUGAUCUCAGCUAACGGUAUCAAGUCAGCCGACUACUCGUUCGAGGCGUUCUUCAGUCGCCUCCAGCAGAUGAAGAAGCCUGUACGGAUGGUAUUUAGACGAAGACAAGCGUCAGAUCCAGCUGUGGUUAUCAAGCAAGGAGAUGAGCAUCAGCAUGAGCAGUCGCAUCAGCAGCUUCAGUAUAAGCAGGAGCAAAUACGCGAGCAGGAUCAGAAACGUGAACUGUAUGGAGCACGUGACUUGCACGAACGUGAACAAGAACAGGAGCAACGAGAACAACGUGAACGAAAGCAACGAGAACAGCAGAAUUUGGAGCAAAAGCAACGGGAACAGCACAUUCGUGAACAGAGGCAGCGAGAGCAGCACAUGAUGGAGCAAAAGCAGCGAGAGCAGCAGAUGUUAGAGCAAAAGCAACGGGAGCUGCAGAUGCUGGAAAGAAAGCAACGAGAGCAACAGGUACUGGAACAGAAGCAACGGGAGCUGCAGGUACUAGAACAGAAGCAGCGAGAGCAACAUGUACUGGAAAGAAAGCAGCGAGAGCUGCAAAUACUGGAACAGAAGCAGCGAGAGCUGCAGAUUGCGGAACAGAAGCAACGAGAGCAAAAGAUACUGGAACAGAAGCAACGAGAGCAGCAGAUUGUGGAACAGAAGCAACAAGAGCAGCAGAUUGCAGAACAAAAGCGACAGGAGCAGCAGAUUGCGGAACAAAAGCAACACGAGCAGCAGAUUGCAGAGCAAAAGCAACACGAGCAGCGGCUACGUGAAGAACAGCGCUGUCAAGAGCCAACGGAACCACGCAAUCAAACCUUAUCGGUCGCAGUGGAUACUUCUCCGUCGCCAUCGACAUCGCCUGUAGAGGAAAGGACAUCAUGCCGUGAUUGUGCACCUAGUCCGACCGUAAAACAUGCGUCGGCUCCGCUGUCAUUUUCUCCUCAAGACCUGUCGGAAUCUGAUACCCGUCAUCGUGAAUACCGCCGUGGCUCAAAUGAGCACGCAAUUACAUCUCCUCUGAGCUCUCCGGUAGCAUCGAAGGGAAGCGGAAGCGCACGAUAUCGUCAAGUGCCGGAAAACGUUCCGAGCACGAAUCACCAGACAUCACCCAAAGCCAGCGUAUCUUCACGGCCGGUGCGGAGUUUGGCAAGAUCAGACAGUUCGCCGGACACGUCGCCGAUUGUUUACAGUUCUCCUAGAGUGAGCAGCUCGCCAUUGGUUUCGCCAGAUUCUUCUUCUAAUGAGAUCGGGGAGCAUAAGACGAGCAACUCGUCAGUGCCACGUGUUGUGGAGGAUCCUGACAGAGCACCUGUUUCUCCCGUUUUCACUGCGGUGGAAAAGGAGGCUGUCCAAUCGCCGAGGGAUAUCUUUCUUACCGAUUUUCAUGACGAACAAAAUUGUGACAGCACCGAAGAGCAGCGACGGAGCGAAAAGUCACGAAUCGCCGCCAUCCAUGAAGAGGAGCCAGUGUUGUUUGGGGUAAAUAACACCACGUCUUUGUCGCCGACUGAAGCAUGGGAUCUGCCUGAGCAUAUGCCGUCGCCGAAAGAAUCGUUGGCGCUAGAGUUGGUUGAAGAAGACAGCGAUGUCGGUGUCAGUGCGCCUCUGUCACCAAAUGCUUGUAUCAACCUGGAACAUGCCUCGAUGGCCAAAGAAGCUGGAUUUGCUGAAGAAGCGAAACUCGUUGACGAGGCCGAAUUAGCAGAGGAAGCAGAGCUGAUUGACGAAGAUACGCUUGCAGUAGUAGAAGUGGCUGAAAACGCUGGACCAGCCGAAGACGUGAAGAUGGCUGUAGAGACCGAGCCAUUGAUCUCGUCGCUACCUAUGGACGAUUUGGCGGAAGACCGCAGUAAUUUGGAUGUGGAAGUGGGUUUGCUUGCCGAUGUCGAAAUGGGUAUUGCUAUCGAGGACACAGAGUCGGAAGUGUUGGAAAGCAGUGUAUCGGGGAGUGACCAGAAUACGAGUCCGUGGGAUCUCGAACCAGAAUCUGAUGGUCAGAAGACUUUCCACCACGGCAGUGAUGCUACUUCUCCAGGUGACGGACCGAUGUCUCCGAGCAGCGAGCGCAGUCCGAUCGGCAGCGAAUUGAACACCGCCAAGGGCGACUUUGAAGACGUAUCUGACCCGUCGGAUGAGUUUUCACAUGACCCGGAUAUUUCAGGCGAUAUCGAUACUGUGGAAGGCGACGUCAUGAUGCAGGAGAGCUCCAAAUCCAAGGUGGAUGCAGCAAGCGUGCCGAAACAAACGAAGUCAUCGAUGAACGCGAAUUUGGCCAAGUAUAAGAAGAAGGGCAAAAGCACUCGUGGCGUCAUGAAGCUGCCAGCACUUCAUGAAGAUGAUGCCGUGACGGUGCCUCUUGUCGCUCCGAACGCGGUCAACACAACUGUCCAAGUGCGUGGUCGACCGAAACCCAAGUUGACGAUGUCGGAUACUCCUGACAGUACGACGUUUCUGAUCAAGUGGAAGGAAAACCGAAGUAUUGGCUUACAGCUGAAGGAGGUACGUUUCGCCAAGGGCACGUACCCGCUAGUGACGGACGUCUGUCAGAAGCCUUGUUGCGAGUUGCUGCGACACGUUUGCGUGGGUGACGUAAUUAUCGAAAUCAAUGGCCGCAACACAUCGACGAUGGGAGUGAAAAAGACUGUCAGUUUUCUAAAGUCGUGUUCAAAGACGACUCUGAUGAAAAUUCGUCACGGACCGGCAUUUGUCAACCAGCGCGUGAGUGCGUCAGUGUGA